AUGACGUCUACUGGUCUGGACAAGCUCUACCACAGCAGCUACCUCUUACACUUAAAAGCUCUGCCGACCUACAAGGCCGGAGGCUCUCAGGUGAUCUUCACCAACCCUCUGGAGAUAGUGAAGAUUCGUCUGCAGGUGGCAGGAGAGAUCACCACGGGGCCAAGAGUCAGCGCCCUGUCUGUCAUCAGGGACCUGGGUUUUUUUGGACUUUACAAGGGUUCCAAGGCUUGUUUUCUGCGGGACAUCCCCUUUUCAGCCAUCUACUUCCCCUCUUACGCUCACAUCAAGGCUUACCUCACUGAGGAGGAUGGGAGGAUAGGGCCAGCCAAGAUGCUGUUUGCUGGAGCUCUGGCAGGCAUGCCAGCAGCCUCUCUGGUGACCCCAGCAGACGUGAUCAAGACCAGGCUACAGGUGGCGGCACGUGCCGGUCAGACCACCUACAGCGGCCUGGUGGACUGCUUCUGGAAGAUCCUCAGAGAAGAGGGGCCCCGUGCUUUCUGGAAAGGAGCUGGAGCACGAGUGUUUCGGUCCUCGCCUCAGUUCGGAGUGACUCUGGUAACCUAUGAACUCCUGCAACGCUGGUUCUACAUCGACUUUGGUGGACAAAAGCCGGCUGGCUUGGAGCCCACCCCGAAGUCUCGGAUCAGCCUGCCGGCGCCCAACCCCGACCACAUCGGAGGCUUCAGGUUGGCCGUGGCCACGUUCGCUGGCAUUGAAAGCAAGUUUGGACUCCAUCUCCCACGCUACACUGUGGCAGCAGCAGCAGAAGCAGCAGCCCCUGCUGACGCCCCUUGAGUUUGUCAGUUGACGAGUGGGAGGGGGGGUGAGUUAAAGAGAGGGCUCAAAUAUUUUGUUCAUAGUAUUUUAAGUCACUAAUUUAAAGUUAUUUAUUGUUUUGUGGAAAAUAUAUAUUUAAUUGAAAGAGGUUUAAAUAUAACUUAACUGCUUUGGACAAUAGUAUCAAAAACUACAAACAGUUGCAGCUUUUUCCAGUGUCUUCAUAUUGUUGCUUUCUAUUCAAAAGCACAUUCCUCAUAUGAUCAAACAUGUGGCACUUGUGUAUAUGAGAUAUACAAAGACAUAUUUUCAUAUCUAUACGGUUCUUUUGGUCCUGAGUUGCACAUUUGAUUGAAUGUAUCUUGAAGAAUUUGACCAGAAAGUAGAAUGUAAAGAGUGUGAUGUACACAAUGUUUACUGUUGUGAGAUGUUUGGUUUCAAGUCUAAACGUGUACAGAUGUGUAAAUAUCUGAGAGAGAGAGAGAGAGAGAGAGAGAGAGCUGGCACCAGCUGCACCGCUGUAGAGUGUCAGGAGUAUUUCAAACUGAGCAGUGCAGAGAAAGUAGGAGUUAU